AUGUAUGAGGAAAUAAUCUAUGGACCUGAAGACGAAGUCCCUCUGGCCUCUAAUAACCAUGGAGCCAUUGUGAUAGAAGUCAUCACCUGUAAUUUCAAGGUGAAGAAUGUAUACAUAGACAAAGGAAGUGCCAUAGACGUGCUGUAUUACAAGACCUUUAAGGAGCUACAGCUGGAGGAUAGACAGCUCGUACCGGUUCGAACUCCGUUGAUCGGUUUUGCAGGUCCUCCCGUGAGGCCGGAAGGAAUGAUCACUCUCAUGGUUACGGUGGGGGUGUCCCCGAACUGCCGAACGGUCCCGGUAAACUUCGCGGUGGUUAAGGAGCCGUCGUCCUACAAUAUGAUUCUGGGGCGGCCCACACUGAAUGCCCUCCGAGCUAUUUGCUCCACCUUGUACCUCAGUAUGAAGUUUCCUACUCCUGCUGGGGUGGCUGAGGUGCUGGGAGAUCCGGAGGAGGCAAGGGCGUGUUAUAUUGCCACCCUCAAGGGCAAAGAGAAAUUGAUAGCUCAGACAGUUUGUUUAGAGUCCUGGGAGCCCAUGGAGAAAGGGGAAAGAUUGGAGACAAACGAGGGGUUAGCCGAGCUGCCCGUCCAGCCCGACCGACCUGAGCGCACAGUGAGGGUCGGCACCGGCCUAGGCGAGCUGAUCAGGAGUUCUUUGGAAUCUCUCUUGGAGGAAUACGCUGAGAUUUUUGCUUGGAGUGCUGAUGACCUGCCAGGAAUCCCCACCGAGCUGGCAGUCCAUAGGCUACAUGUGGACCCCAACGUCCGACCUGUGAAGCAGAAGAAGAGGAACUUCGCUCCUGAGCGAAAGGAGGUCGUCAAGAACGAGGUGGGUAAGUUGCUGGAGGCUAAGAUCGUUAAGGAAGUCUACUAUCCGACCUGGCUAGCCAACCCGGUGCUGGUCAAGAAGGAGGAGAAAGUUUGGAAGAUGUGUGUGGAUUUCACUGACUUAAAUAAGGCUUGCCCGAAGGACUGUUACCCACUCCCACGGAUUGACCAGCUCGUGGACUCAACAGCUGGCUAUGAGAUCUUCUGUUUCUUGGACGCCUUCAAGGGGUACCAUCAAAUAGCCCUGGAUGAGGAGGAUCAGGAGAAGACCUCGUUUAUCACCGAGGACGGAACAUAUUGUUACGUCACCAUGCCAUUCGGGCUAAAGAAUGCGGGCGCGACGUAUCAGAGGUUGGUAAGCAAGCUGUUCAAAAAUUAG